AGGUCGUUACGCCUGUGUGAUACUAGACCAGACUUGGCGAGCUGAUGUUCCUUAGUGGGGAUCUCACCAAUCCAUCAUGGUUCGGUGGUCUGAAUAUCCGAUUUUUUAUAAACUAGGAAUCAUCGGACUUUUUACCAGUUUUGUGAUCUUCCUGAUUGGCUGUGGCACGCCAACUUGGUACCAGAUUGAUCUGCCUCGGUUCGGAGGCAAUGGAUUCAGUGUUCUCUUGUAUGGACUGUGGCAGUAUUGCCUUAACGACCUGUCUCAUUGCCAAUACUUAGGAUUCGAAGAAAAUGUGGUUGUCCGAGGUGUCGAAGUGACGGCUUGUGUCGCUCACCUGGUUUGCAUUGUCAGUAUGGUGGUUAGUCUGACACGUCACACCACAUAUCACAGGCUGAUCAUAACCUCUGGUGUACUCGCAGGAGUUAUCGGCCUUAUUGGAGAGAUCGUCUUCGCCACGUGGGGGCUCACGUAUCAGAAGGUCACGACCACGAGUCACCUGUCAUGGUCGUUUGCCCUGACCCUUAGUGGCUCAUGUCUGUCCGUCAUUUCGUCCAUUGCUGUCGCUUCGGCUCCGGUUUUGAGUCGUGACCAUACCCGUUCGAAGAAAGAGAUGGGAGAACCAGAGUAUUUCGAUCAUCCAGAGUCGUAUUACUGUUACGUUACAAACCAAAGACGUGAGCUAUUCUUUACGUCCGUGUGGCACCAGACAAACUGCUGACGCUAUACUCUACUAGAAUAUGCUUGUCGAUACAUUUUCCUUCAGGUUGCAUUGUACCAAGGAAGAACGUUCCCUUUCAAAGUUCGUUCGAGGUGCAACGUGAACUAAUUACGGAGUAAAAACAGCUUUUGGCUUUGAUUGGUAUUACUAUGUGACAUUGAUUUUUAUUUUUGGGUGCACAUACUGUUACUCAUUGCCAAUAAAUAAAUAAAUAAAAAAACACUUUUAUUUGUUAUACAGUUGUU